CACGCAGUGACCUUCAUCUGACAUUUCAAUGACGUAACCAUAACCUAAAAGUGUCGCCCCUACAAUGGAACUUGAUUAUAAAAUACAGACGUACGCUUGGGGCAAAAAGGGGGCUGACAGUCUAGUGGCCACUCUUCACGCAAAUGUCAACAAGAAAUUUAAGAUCGAAAACAAUGAAUCCUACGCUGAACUAUGGUUAGGUACCCACGUCAAUGGACCCUCUGUGAUCAAGGGUAGUGACGAAUUGUUGUCCGACUUUUUGAACAAACACCCGGAAUGUAUAGGCAGCACUCACGUAAGGAAAAUGUUUGGCACAGAGUUACCAUUUUUGUUCAAAGUUCUAUCUAUUGAUAAAGCCUUGUCGGUCCAAGUGCAUCCCUCCAAGAAACACGCAGAAGAACUGCACAAAAAACAACCUGAUAUUUAUAAGGACCCUAAUCAUAAGCCUGAAUUGGCGAUUGCGUUAACACCCUUUGAGGCUUUGUGUGGUUUUAGACCUUUGCCAGAUGUUGUGUAUUAUCUAAAACAUAUUCCUGAGUUGAGGGCUGUCACGGGAAAUAUCGCAGAGAAACACAAAACAAAUGGUAUCCAGAUGGUGAAAGAUGCAUUCAAGGCUGUACUUGAAGCUCCUAAAAAUGUUAUAGAGGAACAACUAGUAUUAUUACUACGCAGAUUUAAAACUUUGGACAAGAAAGAACGAGAAUUUCAGUACGCGGACGUAAUUCGGGCUCUUUAUUCACAAUACCCGAACGAUGUAGGCUGCUUUAUGGUGUAUUUUUUGAAUUAUAUUAAACUAAAACCCUUUGAGGCGAUUUAUUUAGGGGCCAACUUGCCUCACGCUUAUCUAUAUGGAGAUUGCGUCGAGUGUAUGGCUUGCUCUGACAACGUCGUUCGCGCUGGUUUGACCCCAAAAUACAUCGACGUUAAAACACUUUGCUCCAUGGUCAACUACCACGGUGACAAAGCAGAAAAUAUGAUUUUUAAACCAGAAGAGGAAGACAAAGAAUGCCAGAUAUUUAAGCCGCCAGUACCUGACUUUGCAAUAGUUCAGAUCAAAGUUCCCAAGUCGUUGAAAACGUAUUCCACCAAGAAAAGAACUACAGGCAGCACUUUGCUUGUGAUUUCCGGAGAGGCUAAAUCCAGAGACAUGCCCCUUGUAGCCGGAACCGCCCUUUUCGUACCAGCUAAUGACGAAUUCAUCAUAACUGAAAUAGCAGAAGACCUACUCAUGUACCAAGGUCUCGCAAAUAUCUGAUUUUUUUAUUUUUUGGGUAACAAAUAUAAAGUGGCAAAACUGUU